AUGAGUUUGAUUCGUGAUGCCGGUCUUCUGUGGAAGCUCCAGAGACUGUCGCCUUCGUACAAUGUCCUCGGUAAAUCGAGUACGACGAUAAAAUCACUCGGUCUCCACGCCAGAGGUCUCGCUAGUGUGAGGGCUCCAGCGUCGUCGACUUCGGUUUUAGCGAGACGGGAGUUAUCAGUCAAAGAUUUCAGAAACCAUUUAACAUACAACCAAUUGGUACGGCGGCUUUCGAACAGUCGAUUGGUAUCAGAAGAACAGAGAGAGAAAACUAAACCCAUUGCCACACCAGCACCUGCUUCUGCUGCUAACACCACCACAUCCAAAAAUGCAUCAUCAACGACAUCUACAUCCACGGAAACAGCAGAGAUCCCUGUUACAAAACCAAAGAAGCCACUGAAAGAAGACAUAUGGACAAUUCCUAAUAUACUGACAUUGUCAAGACUGGCGGCGGCACCGGUCAUUGGAUAUUUGAUUGUCGACGGCCAGCCAUUCUGGGCCCUGUCGCUCGUUGUAUACUCAGGCAUUACAGACCUUUUGGAUGGAUAUAUUGCAAGAAGAUUCAAAAUGCAGAGUGUAGUAGGUUCUGUUAUUGAUCCUCUCGCCGACAAAGCUUUGAUGAUGACGCUUGCGACAUGUUUAGGAGUGUCUGGUGAUAUCCCCAUGGCCAUGGCAGUCAUCAUCUUGGGUCGCGAUAUCCUACUGGGUCUGUCGGCAUUCUACUACAGAUACAUCUCACUACCACCGCCAAUCACAUUCAAACGGUACUGGGACUUCUCCAUCCCGUCAGCAGAAGUCCAUCCCACCACGAUAUCCAAAUACAACACGUUCUUCCAAAUGGUCUACCUCGGCUCUAGCCUCAUCUACCCGGUCAUUGCACCGUCUCUCCAAACAGCGGCCGCUGACAACCUCGGUCUCGGGCUCACUGCCAUGGGCUACCUCGUGGCCACCACCACCAUCUGGAGCGGCCUCUCAUACGUGUUCUCGAAAUCCGCUGUCAAAAUCAUCAAACAGCGGUGA